CAGCAUGGCAGGCAGUCUGGUCAUCAACUUCUCUGAUCCACCCCAACAGCUGACUUUGUGAACCGUCCGUCACAGUGUGAGGGGAAAGAGGGACAUGAAAGUAGGACAGAGGAGUCUGGCCCCCUUCCCUUCGAACUAGAAGCUCAGAUUUGCAGUAGCGAGAGAGAAGACAUUAGUCCUGGGUGGAGAGAGGGAAAGGACGACGACGUGUUUUCCCCCCUGAGACUUACCGCGGCCCACCGAGGGGAAGAGGUCACAGAGUUUCAGAUCAGAAUAUCGAGUCUUGCGUACUUUUUGUUGUUGUUAACUGACUAGAAGUCGCACCAACUGGAAAACAUGCACAAGCGCACCAAGAUAAAGAUCGCCAUCUUCGUGCUGGUGGUGGGUAUGGCGUGCAUGUUCACGGCGGUGGUCACGGACCACUGGGCGGUGCUCAGCCCACACGUGGUGAGGUUCAAUGAGACCUGCGAGGCGGCACACUUCGGCCUUUGGAGGCUGUGCAAGAAGCACAUCUACAUCACCGAGCAGAACUAUGACAAAGAGCAUGGCUGCGGACCAAUCAGCCUGCCUGGAGAUGAAAACUGCACUUACUUCAGGCACUUCAAUCCAGGACAAGAUGCAGAGAUAUUUGAAUACAAAACACAAAAAGAGUACAACAUUUCCGCCGCAGCCAUCUCCAUUUUCAGCCUGGCCUUCAUGAUCCUCGGAUCUCUGUGUCUGCUCGGGUCGUGCACCGGCAAAGGCAAAGGAAGGGACUACCUUCUCAAACCCGCCGGAAUGUUCUUCGCGUUCGCAGGCAUCUGCGCUUUCAUCUCGCUGGAGGUGAUGCGUCAGUCGGUGAAAAGCAUGAUCGAGAGCAAGGACACUAUUUGGAUCGCGUACUACUACGCCUGGUCCUUCGCCUGUGCCUGCUCUGGCUUCGUCCUCCUCUUCCUGGCCGGCAUCGCGCUCCUCGUCCUCUCCAUGCCUCAGAUGCCCCGGAACCCCUGGGAGACGUGCAUGGACGCCGAGCCGGAGCAAGUAGAGUGAUGCCGGCCAACCGAACGCAGCCGUGAAUCACUUUCUUGUUGUUUUCCAGUAAAAAAAAAAAAAGAGAAACAUGUUGUUGGUGUUUGCGCGUCAUAGUCGUCUCUUUGAACAGCAUUUGAAUGGGGCCUUUAGUGAGGAGGCUAAUGUGUUUUCCUGACCCCUACAUGCGCGACCAGAGUGAACACAAUUCACAUGCUGGUUUUUUUUUUUGUGUACAGCUCAUCGUUUACUGACAUCCUGUUUGUCUUUCUCAAUUAUACCCAUGAAUCAUUCUUAAUGUGACCAUGGUCUUACUCCCAUGUAUGUACCUUUUAGACAAAAACGGCCCUAAGGAUUUUCUAGAACAAGUCUGACGUCACAGUAACCGUAAUUUGAGCUUCAGUGCCGCAUAAUAUACAGAAUAUACACCUUUACAGGAAGGUUUAUGUGUUUUUAAUGGCGUCGGAAUUAAAUUGCUCACCGACAAUGUCAAGUAGGCGUCUCAAGGAUUAUUCAAAGCUCUACAGAUAGAGAAUGGAGAAGGUUUUGAGUGUGUGUGUGUGUGUGUGUGUGUCAGACUGAAUGCUAAACACUCCCACAGUCUGCAGCACCAACUAUGUUGGAAAAGGUUCAGUUUUAGCAGGUGCACUGUGCAUACAUACAAGGCCUUUUACUGAUCCUCGACACGGACAAAAUGAAGAAAGCUUUAUUUAUCCCAAACACGAUUAACCUUCUUAGCAUUCAAAUCUACAGUAUUUAUAUUUAUGUAAUGUCUGCUGGUUUGGUUUUUGUAAAAACAAACAAACAAAAAAACCCCAGCAGAUUAUUUAUAACCCAGAAAAUGAGGAUAUGCAGAAAAAUGAAGUGCUGUAAGUGACACUUCGUCCUUUAAAAGGAUACUUUGGAUUUUUUGAAGUGUAGGUCAGUGAAAAUAUUAGUAAUGUUCUUCUAAGUGAUUUCAUACCACCGUCAGUUUGUGUUAAAUAGGAUAAGUAAACAAAUCGUCAGUGUGAUAAGCUAGCAGCUCGUUAGCCGUACAAACAGCUUAGCUCAAACUACGUUAGCCUUGUUUUAAAGUGCUAAAAUUGUGCAACCUUCACCGCUCAGAGGAGUUCUUUACUUUUCUACAAACUCAGUAAGAUCCGUCUCUAACCUUACUUCAGAUAACCCAAACUAUCCCUUUAAUUAGUCAUUUUCCAACCAGUUUCCCUAGAAGAAAUUGUCCCGACUUUAACGUCAGUGCAGAUUAUUCUGUGCUGUCGCUUUUCAAUGUAGGAUUUAGUAAAAGGCAUGGGGGGGGGGAGAGAAACUGGUUUAUUUUGUUUUUUAUGAACACAAAACUUUCUGACAUUCUAGAAAUGUAACUAGAAACUUGUACAGACGUUGCGACUGAGAAAGCCUCUGCAUUCGUUUGGACUUUGCUCGACUUCACGCUGGAAAUGUUUGGGGGUCACAUGCGUAAGGUGAACAGUGUGAAUGUUAACUUAACCUUUUAUACAGAACUCCGGUGUAACGUCAGACCGGACUACAGCGUUCUGUCAGAGCUGCAACAACCAGAAUCUCAACCUUGCUCAGGGCAAAAAAAAUGUAGUUAUUUUCAGUAAGAUGUACUUCAGUUUGAUUCAUCGCUCUCUUAAUAAUCUUUGCUUAGAAAUGAACGGUAUGCAGCUGCAGGAAUGUGUUUGGAUGAAGCUACUCAUUUAUAUUAGUUCUCUAAUUUGUUGUUGCUGCUGCGUUAUGAAAUAAAAUGGUUCCAUUUCGGGGUAAAUGUGACCAUAAUGUGAUACGUUUCCUUUUCUCUAUAUAGCAUGCAGUUGAAUAAGCUUUGGAAUGGCGUCGACUCUGUAUUUCUUACUCGCUACUAAUUUCUAAGGAAAUAAAAAUUAAAUAAAAAGUUGACAAAUUUUG